AACAAAAUGAUGUUGGUUAUACAUACAUUCAAGUGACAUAGUUAAUAAUAUAGAAGUAACAAAGAAUAUCUGUACAGAAAAAAUAGAUUUUUAAUUGUAUUAGCCGCCAUUCGCCAGCGUCCAAAAAGAACCUUAACAUUACACUACACAGGGCAAACAUGAUGCAAGCGACAAUCCCCAAGUAGUGAUAAGUGUUAACAAACCCAAAUAAACAAGAGAAAGAGAGAGAAAGAGAUACAGAGGACGAAAUCUCCGGCUUCUUCAUGGACUCGUCUCAAAACGACGGCGUAUAUCAACCGCUUCUCCACCCUCAGCUUUCUCCGCCGACGGAGUCAAGCAACGGCGAGCUUGAGAGGGUGCUCUCCGACGUCGAAACUCCUCUGUUUCACCGCCUACGUAAAGCCACGGCGAUCGAAUCGAAGCUUCUCAUCAAGCUUGCUGCUCCUGCCGUCAUCGUCUACAUGAUCAACUACCUCAUGUCCAUGUCCACUCAAAUCUUCUCCGGCCAUCUCGGAAACCUCGAACUCGCCGCCGCUUCUCUCGGCAACACCGGAAUCCAAAUCUUCGCUUACGGUCUCCUGCUCGGAAUGGGGAGUGCGGUGGAGACGCUGUGCGGUCAAGCGUUCGGAGGGAGAAAGUACGAAAUGCUCGGCGUUUAUCUCCAGAGAUCCACCGUCUUGCUCACACUCACCGGCGUCCUCCUCACCUUAAUCUACGUCUUCUCCGAGUCGAUUCUUCGUUUCCUCGGCGAAUCUCCGGAGAUCGCUUCCGCCGCGUCUCUCUUCGUCUACGGUCUGAUCCCUCAAAUCUUCGCCUACGCCGUUAACUUCCCGAUCCAGAAAUUUCUCCAGGCGCAGAGCAUCGUCGCGCCGAGCGCGUACAUCUCAACCGCCACGCUCUUCGUCCACCUUCUCAUGAGCUGGCUCGCUGUUUACAAGCUCGGGAUGGGACUACUCGGAGCUUCGCUCGUGCUCAGCCUCUCGUGGUGGAUCAUAGUGGUGGCUCAGUUUGUUUACAUCGUGACGAGCGAGCGUUGUCGUGAGACGUGGAGAGGUUUCAGUGUACAAGCGUUUUCCGGUUUACCGAGUUUCUUUAAACUCUCCGCCGCCUCCGCCGUGAUGCUCUGUCUUGAGACUUGGUAUUUUCAGGUCUUGGUUCUCCUCGCCGGACUUCUCGAGAAUCCGGAACUUGCUCUUGAUUCUCUCUCAAUUUGCAUGACGAUUUCAGGUUGGGUGUUCAUGAUAUCUGUUGGCUUCAAUGCAGCGAUAAGUGUAAGAGUGAGCAAUGAACUUGGAGCUGGGAAUCCUAAAUCAGCAGCGUUUUCUGUAAUCAUCGUCAACAUUUAUUCGUUAAUCACAAGUGUGAUCAUAGCCAUUGUUGUUUUGGCUUGCCGUGAUGUUUUGAGCUAUGCGUUUACUGAGGGUGAAGAAGUUUCGGCUGCGGUUUCCGAUCUCUGCCCGCUUCUUGCCAUAACGCUGGUCUUGAAUGGAAUCCAACCCGUUCUUUCCGGUGUGGCGGUUGGAUGCGGUUGGCAAACGUUUGUGGCAAAAGUUAACGUCGGAUGUUACUACAUUGUCGGAGUUCCUCUUGGUGCUCUAUUUGGGUUUUACUUCAAGUUCGAUGCCAAGGCAAGAGAGUCUUCUUGUCUUUCAAUUAAAAAUUCAAACUCUUAUCAUUUAAUCAUUAUAUGUUAUCCAAUGAUUCUGGGUAUAUGGACGGGAAUGAUAUGUGGUACAAUUAUACAAACGAUUAUUUUAGCGUGGGUGACGUUUAGAACAGACUGGACAAAAGAGGUGGAAGAAGCUUCGAAAAGGUUGGACAAAUGGAGCAACAAGAAAUUAGAAGUGGUUCCCGAAUGAUCAAUAUAUGUUUGGUAUCCGAUGAACAAAUUGGAUUUAUCAGUUUUAAAUGAAAAAAUCGAUCCAAAUUGCUUUAAAGAUUAUCAGUCAUCUGGUAAUAUAUAGGACAUGGAUGUAGGAUGUAUGUGUGUGCUUGCUUAACACAAAGAAUAGGUACGAAAUGUUGAGUUUGUAUGUCAAAUUAAAGAUUUACUGCGUUGCUAUUAUUAAUUCAACCUAAGUUAAAUCUUAGUAACAAGUUGUGUGGAAUGAUGAAACGAUACACAUUUACGAAUCUGGUUACAUGUUAAA